AUGGUCCGCCUGAAGAACCGCUACCUCCUCAUGGACAUCCUAUACCCGGACCCCUCAACCUGGCCUGCAAUCUCAAAGUCUGCACAGCACAACCCCUCACUAGCAAUCCACUCUCCAACCUCCGACACCCUCACAGCCGGCUUCCUCGCGAAAAUGAUCCGCGAGUCAGUAAGUGAGCUAUACGGCGAUUGGGGAAUCGGCAAACUAGGCGGCGCCUCAGCAGGCGGUAUCCAAAUAAAAUACCUCUCCCCGGCAACAUCAACAGCGAUAGUGCGGUGUCCGCGCGCCGCUUUCCGCCUCGUCUGGUCGGCCCUUACAUAUAUGUCCGGCGUGCCGGAGCCAUCUGCCAACCCACAGAAGCGCACGGGCACAGGAACGGGCCGCGAGCGUGGGUGCGUGUUCCGCGUGAUUCGCGUGUCGGGGACGAUGCGUAAGGCGGAGGAGGAGGCGAUCCGGCGGGCGAAGAGGGAGAUUGUUCGUGUUAAGGAUGCGGAGGAGAGGGGCGUUCUUGGGGAUUUGGUUGGGGGGAUUGCGGAGGGAAGGGGCCUGCUGUUGUUGAGUCUGUUAUGGAUGAAAGUGAGGAUGAGAAUAUGGAUGAGUAGAUUGGAUUAUUGA